AGGCGAAGUGUAAAUAGUGUAAACAGAAGCGUAGCUUUGAUUAUAUUAUAACGAUAAUAUUGUCAUGGUUUAAUGAUAAUUAGACCUAAAUACGGUUUAUUAUGUUUUAGAAAUGCAAUGGAUUAUAAUUAACACGAGUUCAAAGCGAAUAAAUACUUAAAUAAACACGGAAACUCAGCUAGAUUGAGUUCUGACCCGAAGCUAGCUAGCUAGCUAGCUAAGUGUCAUUUUAUGCUCUUGUUUGUUUUAAUUAUUUUUAUUUUUCAGUGGACAUGAGGUCUCGUAAACAGCACCGACUCGACCUGCAAGGACAAUUCCUUUCACCCAUGGUAAACAGCUACAAGAUGCAUUUAGCAGCAGUGAAAUCCUUACUGCCAGAGAAAGUCGUACCCAAGCCUCUUGACAUACGGUUGCCGGAUGACCUCGCAAAAGCCAACAUGGGCAUUCUGAGAGCUAAUCCAUCAAGGCAAGACUGCAGGGUGGCCCUGCAUGGUAAAACACUCCGUACCCCAGUACUGGCGUUUGUGAAAGAGUUCACAGGGGUGGAGCACACUCUAACACCCCCUCGGGUGACAGUCAAGAGCGGGAAAGCAAAGCGAGACGACCACAGCGCAGAGCUCACCUCCGCCCACAGCAAGGCCCCAGUCGGUGAUCCAGGGCCACUGAAUGACCGAUCUGCUCCAGGUUUUCCCGUGGCCUUCUGCUUUCGGAAUGAUUAUCCUGUCAGCCUGGACAGACUGGACCUUGACCGUCGUGGCCUGAUGGAGUGCCCGAACCUGGAUGGAAUGAAUAAGCUCCGCUUCCUUACGCUGCAGCACAACCGGAUCGCUCACCUCCCACACCUGGCUCACCUGCGACUCCUCGUCUUCCUUGAUCUCUAUUACAACCGCUUGACCGACAUGUCAGCCGUGUCCCCUCUCUCCUCCCUUCGUGUGCUCUUACUCGGCAAGAACAGAAUCCAGAGGAUAUGUGGUCUGGACAACCUGACCAAACUCGAUGUACUGGACUUACACGAAAACCAGAUCAGUCGGAUCCAGAGCGUGUCUCGCCUCGCAGAACUCCGAGUGCUGAACCUGGCAGGAAACUGCAUCUCCAGGGUGGAGAACCUGCAGGGUCUGGAAUCUCUGAUGGAGCUCAACCUCAGAAACAACAACAUCUCAUCUGUAACGGAGGUGGACCGGCUGCCCUGUCUCCAGCGUCUCUUCCUCAGCGCUAACAACAUCAGCAGUUUUGAUGAGCUGGCCUGUCUGGGAGACUCGUGCUCUCUGAGUGAGCUCACCCUGGAUGGGAACCCUGUAGCUCAGGAGUCAUGCUACAAACAGACCGCACUGCGCUGCGUGCUUCCACUCCGGCUGCUGGACAUGAAGCGCAUCACAGUAAGAGUGAGAGAGGAGGACCGACGCACGGCAAAUCUUUUCGCGCGAAAGGAGGAUGAGAAGAAACGCGAGAGCCACAAACAAGCUGCUCACAAGGAGAAGCGACGCCUGGCCAUCCAGAAUGCAGCGCAGCAGUGGGAGGAGUCCAGAAGCUUCCUUGAACUUCCAGCACAGAACGGCGCCAAGGAAGAGCUGAGCCCGGAGAACAGCCCCGCCCACGGCCUAGGACAGACCAAUGGGAUUGCUCAGGAGCCCUCACCCGAUGACCUCAGACGAGAUAGAGGGAGUCCUCUCACCGUUCCUGAGCGUCCAGUAGGGGGCAGUGACAAUAAAUUGCGCUCAAGCAGCCGCCCCAACAGCCCUCGAGACCCUAGACUCCAGGAGGCAGGGGGCACCAGCGUGCAGAGUCUGUCUCUGUCUGAGAGCCACGUGGCCGAGCUGGACGGCGAGACGGUGCGUCUGUUCGGUCCGGGGGCUCUGGAGACUCUGGAGAGAGGUUGGGGCGUGCAGACAGCCAGCACCGUCACUACCAUCGCUUUCCGCUACAUCCAGUUCGACAGCAUCGUGCCCACUCUGCCGCGCAUCCGCCUCAAAUUCCCCAACCUCACACACCUGAUCUUUAUGGAGACGAAUAUCACCCGGCUGCUGCAGUUAGCAGCUCUGGAGCAGGUAAAGAGACUGGAGCAGGUGACCGUUGAUCCAGAGGGAAACCCUGUCGUGAGUCUGACUCUGUGGCGAGCCUUCCUUAUCUACAGACUCAACCAUCUGAACCUGCAGAAAAUCAAUGGCACGGAGGUAACAAUGAAUGAUGCCAUGGCGGCCGAGCGCCUUUUCGGGACUCUGGGUCACGUGGCUUCGACGGAGACACCACACUGUCGCCUGCUUCUAGUGCUGGAGGAGUCGAGGAAGAGGCAGCUGCAGUUCUUGCUGGAGGGCAGAGUUCGCAGGUUCGGUUUGAGCCCUGAAGAGCUGAGGGAAAACGGGAAGCUGUUGGGGGAGAGCAUGAGCCGCGCACUCUUUAACUACCACAGCAAAGACUCCAGUUCUGACAGUCCAGAGGAGAGCGGCAGUGAGGUGAUGGAGCGCGGCUCCGCGGUGGAUCAGUACCUGCGAGGACUCGUGCACACGGCCUCCAGCACCAGCGUGAAGGCAGAAGCGCUGCACAAGCUCUGGCCCACCAUUUUUGUCGAGAUGGUGAGAGACUGCGUGCUGGAGACCAGGGACACCGCGGCGUACGCACGCGCCUGCCUCGACACGCUCUCCUCCAACGCCAAAUGAGAAGGAGGAGAGCGAUGAAACGGAAAGUGUGUGGAGAGAAAUGAAAAGGAUGUUUACUCCGCCCAGGAAAAAAAACAACAUUCCUGCCAUUUUUUUUCCCCCCCUCCCACCGUUUCGAAACACAGUCUCCUAUGGAGAUUAGUCAAAUGUUGAGAUUUGAACUUGACUCAGAUAGAUUCUUCUGUGAGACUUUUCAAGACUGAGAAUGAGAAAGAAGGAAUGAUCUUUGAAAAAACAUGAUGCCUGUGAUGUUUUAUGCUCGUUCAGUCACUCACUCACUCACUAGUGUCCCUGAAGAGGAGUAAAAGUAAUACACUAAUGUUGAUCUUCCUAAUGGUGCUGCUAACACAAACACAAAAACCCAGUCUGGUUCUUUUUCUGUCCUCUGUCUUACUGCGAAACACUAGAAGAGAUAAGACAAUUUAAUGUUUUAGCAUCUCAUUCUCUUUUUAUGCUGCUGGAUAAGAUCCAAAUGACUUUAACUCUUCUUGCACACACACACAGGGGUGAAGGGUUUUUUUUUUUUCGCUUUUCUUCUGUAUUUUACAGGAUAUUAAAAGAGAAUGAUGACC